GAGGUGCACUUCUGUGACUCUGUGAGGGAUGUUGGUGACAACUCGGUAAAUGAGUUCAACUGUUGGCGGUUAUGUUGUUAUGUGGUUUCUUUUCAUACAUCCGAAUAUUACUUCUAAUUUCGGGGUAGCCCUAAUGCGGAAUUCACGGCCCUAUGAGUAUGAUGCGUGCGGCACAGCACAACUUAUGUCACUCAGCAGCGCCCCAGAAUCAUAAAACAUCUGCGUUUCUAAACAUUUUGUACCUCCCGCUCUUGGCAUAUUCUCCGCCAUGGAUCUUCAAAAGUCUUCUACUGCUCCGGAGCCGAACUAUAUCUUCACUAAAUCCGUGGCUAUCUAUUCUGCCUUGGUGGUCCAUCUUCUUGAAUGCUUUUUGACCUGGCGUCAACUUCGACUCCAACGAGCCAUCGAUCCUGUCACCGAUGCUGCAGCAAGGAAAACACACUCUUGGCGACUGACCAAAUCAUGGUGGCUCUACAUUGCGACUGUCCUUGUGAUUACUUUCGAUGCGAUACCGUGGCUUUGGCGUCUGGUCCAAGCAUACCAAACGGCGUACUUGCCAUCACUCGGAUCUGAGUUCUGGAGAAGCUCCCUGUUUCUCAUGGCCUGUGGUCUGAUGUAUAUGGUAGUCGGGACUCUGGUGUCUGUGGUUGAAUUAAGGCUUUUGAAAGACUCCAUCAACGUCGAGCCAACUCCAAUACCGAGAUGGGACAAAGUACUAUAUGAUAUCACAAAGGGGAAGCCUGUCCCUGCUAUGAUCUUGUGUCUCUGCUUUGACGUUCUUCUUCUCAAGGCAUGUGGUUUGAAACUGCAAGGUCACCAUUUCCUUGUCCUACUGUUGGUCCAAAUCAGCUCCAUCAUUAUUUUGUACCCAAUCUAUCUGCAGUAUCGGACACAUCGAUCGUCUCCACUUGGUUCGGGAGCAUUGAAGGAUGGAAUUUUAGAAGCUGCUACUGAGAUCAACUUUCCCUUGAAGAGAAUCGAUGUGGUUGCCGGACCUCUUGAAAGCCUUGACCAAGGGGUGCAGUUCCUUGGCUGGCCAAGAAAGACCAACAUCGUCAUCCAUGAAGCAAUGUUGGAUCGUUUCAAUGCGCAGGAGAUCCUGAGUCUUCUAGCUUCGAGAUUUGGAGAGUGGAAACUCCGUGUUUCAUUGGCCAUCUAUAUGCUCUCAAUGCUCUUCUUCGUCAACAUGUUUACAUAUAUACUCUUAUUCAUUAAGCAACGGGCUGUCUAUGAGGACUUCGGAUUUGUGGAUGAAUAUCCCCUGAUCCCCGGACUCAUACUAUUUGCCGUUGCAUUUGCAAGGCCUUGUUCCUCAUAUGUGAGGAUUCAACGUAACCUUGCAACCUACAGGAUGUUUUUCAUCUCCGACAAACACGCAGCUGAUAAUGGUCACUUGACCGAACUCCAAGCAGCACUGGGAAAGAUUGCGAAAGCACAACAAGAAGCUGGGGAGAUUGAUUGGAUGUUUUCUAUGUAUUACAACGGCGAGCCAACUAUCUCUGAACGAUUAGCAAGGCUUGAAAAGAUAGCGAGCGAAAAGGCUGGCAAGGAAGAUUUUCUUGUAGAGAAGAAAGAGAAGGCGAUAAUGGCGUGAACUCUGGCUCUGUCCCUCGGACUCACAAUCUUGUCUCGCAUAUUUCGUAUGUUCAUCAGGUUCUCAGAAUAAUUUGGUUGAAUGCGAAUCUGUUCCCAGAUAUUGACUCGAAUUCACAAGGCUGUGACGUGUUAACACAAUGAAUGGGAAGGAACGAUGAAGGAUUGACUUUCAAACUGGAAGCUCUCCAAAAGAAGGGAGGUAAC